CUGAUUUUCAGCGAGAACGUUUCGCCGCCUACAGCCACCGAAGUCGAUCACAGUUUCGAGUACACCAGCUUCGAUCACGCGACCGAAUGCGACCAGUGUAAAAAACUUUUGCGGGGCAUCUUUUUUCAAGGCUACCGCUGCACCCGUACGUUCGACAGCGCGGCGAGAUUUGAGUACGUCACGCUAAACGUUUCAGGGUGCAAACUUUCGGUCCAUAAAGAAUGCAUUACCGUAUGUCACGGAUGCGGGAGAAAGGACAGUAUUUUUCGAAACAGCGGCUCCCGGGAAGGUAGUCAAGUGUGCAUCGCGGUCCGGAGUUUUAUUGGCAACAACGGAGGUCCGAGCUUUCUUUCCUUCAAAGAAAACGAUCUUAUCGAAGUGGUCAGCAUAAACACCGGCUUGGAGGGUUGGUGGCGAGGUCGAAUCAUCGAGGGCGAAUGCUGUGGUCGCACCGGGUUGUUUCCUCCCGACUACGUUCGACGGCAUAACUCAGCCGCUGCCGCCUCCGCGGCCGCAAAGCGACCGACUUGGCCAUGCAGUCGGUCGUCCAGCGCACUGAGUCACACUAGCGGUUUGAGUCUGAACGGCCGAGAUUCGUUUGAUGAAAAAUCUGUCAACACUUUACACAGGAAAGCACAGUCCCGGCCAACAUCACUCACCACACUCGGUUAUCUCAACCUGGAAGACUUGCCGCUUUACCCGUGGUACGUUGGUGAAAUGGAUCGCAUCAAAGCGGAACAGGUUCUUAAAGGUCUUCCAAUCGGCACGUUUCUUAUCCGUUUUAGUCCGUCGCAGAGCCGUUAUGCUAUCAGCAUAAGUUACUCGGUGGAAAAGAUCGACGUAAAGCACAUAAAGGUGGAACGUAAUGAACGCGGCUUUUACCUAGACGUUGGACAGUUCUUCCCGAGUCUCGUGCAGCUGGUGAAUUUCUACGAAGAGAACAGCCUUAGUCAGAGCUUUCAGUCGUUGGACACGACGUUGAAGAUACCGGUGAAGUCACUGAUUGUGGGCUAUGCGAUCGCCUUGCAUAACUUCGAAGCGACGGCUUCGAACAUGAUAUCGAUCCAUCGCGGCGAAGGGGUCAUCAUUCUUAGCAAGAAGGACAGUGAACGCGGCUGGUGGAAGGGGAAGGUAGACGAAAAGGUCGGCUACUUUCCGUGUUCGUACGUGGUCGAGAAAGAUGACCUUUUUGCCGAUGCGUAAAA